AUGGCGAUGCCUACGAUGGCUGCGAUUGCCAAGCGCAUGACAGGUGCCCCAAAUGAUUCCAAAUUCUUUAGCACAACAAAGAAAGGAGAGACUCAUGAGUUACGCCAAGAAUUAGCCAAUCCUAGUCGGGAAAAGAAAAAAGAUGCUGUGAAAAAGGUGAUUGCUAACAUGACGGUGGGCAAGGACGUCUCGAUGCUCUUUACGGACGUUGUCAAUUGUAUACAAACGGCUGAUACGCAAUUGAAAAAGCUUGUGUAUCUUUAUCUGAUUAAUUAUGCAAAGAGUAACCCAGAUUUGACUAUCUUAGCUGUCAAUACGUUUGUUAAAGACGCUGCUGACCCCAAUCCACUCAUUCGGGCGCUCUCAGUGCGUACUAUGGGAUGCAUUCGUGUUGAUCGUAUUACUGAGUACUUGUGUGAGCCACUUCGUCGUUGUCUUCAAGACGAAGAUCCAUAUGUUCGAAAGACUGCAGCCAUUUGUGUUUCAAAGCUUUAUGACAUUAAUCCUGAGAUGGUAGAAGAGCAAGGAUUUCUUGAUAUGCUACGAGAAUUGAUUUCAGACUCUAAUCCAACGGUUGUAGCAAAUGCUAUUGCUGCAUUGUCCGAGAUUUCUGAAAAUAGUGGAGGUGCCAUGGCUUUUAAAAUUACAAAGUCGGUGCUUCAGAAAUUACUUGCAGCGCUGAACGAAUGUAAUGAAUGGGGACAAGUCUUUGUGCUUGAUGCAUUAGCUGGCUACACGCCUGUUGAUUCGAGAGAAGCUGAGGGAAUUAUUGAGCGCGUCACGCCACGUCUUCAGCACGCCAACUCGGCUGUUGUGCUUUCUGCAGUAAAAGUCAUAAUGAAAUUCUUAGAAAAAGUAUCGGACGCUGACACUGAGCGUAGUCUGUCGCGUAAGAUGGCGCCACCACUUGUGACGCUCUUGUCGGCUGAACCUGAGAUCCAGUAUGUGGCAUUACGCAAUAUUAAUCUUAUUGUUCAAAAGCGCGCAGGAAUUCUAGCAAACGAAAUCAAGGUCUUUUUUUGCAAGUACAAUGACCCUAUUUACGUCAAAAUGGAAAAGCUCGAGAUCAUUAUUCGUUUAGUCUCAGAGCGCAACAUUGAACAAGUGUUGCUGGAAUUUAAAGAAUACGCUACAGAAGUAGACGUGGAGUUUGUGCGUCGUUCCGUCCGCGCUAUUGGACGUUGCGCUGUCAAGCUUGAACGCGCAGCCGAAAAAUGCAUUAAUGUAUUGUUGGAACUUAUUCAGACCAAAGUCAAUUAUAUUGUGCAAGAAGCAAUUAUUGUGAUCAAGGAUAUCUUCCGUAAAUAUCCAAAUCAGUAUGAGAGUAUCAUUGCUACAUUGUGUGAGAAUUUGGACACAUUGGAUGAACCAGAGGCAAAGGCAUCGAUGAUCUGGAUCAUUGGCGAGUACGCAGAACGUAUUGACAACGCUGACGAGCUACUCGAGUCAUUUAUGGAAUCAUUUGAUGACGAAACGGCUCAAGUUCAGCUGCAGCUUUUAACUGCGACAGUCAAGCUCUUUCUCAAGCGUCCAAAUGAGACACAAGAGAUGGUCCAGAAAGUAUUGCACAAGGCCACCGAAGAGUCGGACAAUCCGGAUUUGCGGGACCGUGGUUACGUCUACUGGCGUCUUCUGUCAGCGAAUCCGGAAGCGGCACACGCCGUUGUGCUUGCGGAGAAGCCAGUAAUUAAUGACGACACGUUUGCGCUCGAGUCGUCGGUUCUUGAUGAGCUAAUUGGAAAGAUUUCGACCCUUGCUAGCGUUUAUCACAAGCAGCCCAGCGCCUUUGUGGUACGCUCAACUGUGUCUGAACUUCAAGACGGUGGGAGUAGCCAGUCUCAAGGUACCGUGGACUUGCUUGACAUGGGAGGUCUUUCAAUGGGCAGCUCAGUAAAUACCCCUCCAGCACCCGCAGCGACUAGUGCAAGCCUGGUCGAUAUUUUUGGAGAUCCGGGUGCUCCUCCUGCGCCGAUGGCAGUUGGCAGCAGUAACCAUUUCACGCAGAAGAAGAUGUUGAUGAAUGCGCAGCAAGGAAAGGGGCUGCAGAUGACUGGCGCUUUCACUCGACGCAGUGGCAAUUUUGUGCUCGACGUGGAUUUUGAAAACCAAUCGGCUGUUCCAAUUGUGGGAGUGAGUAUUCAGUUUAACAAGAGUACAUUUGGUGUCGUGCCAUUGCAAGCAACUGUGAUGUUUUCGCAGCCACUUGGACCGGGUCAAAGCAUUAAUCACGUUGUCCCCAUGGGUGUGAGUCCACAGUUUGUAAAUGCCGCGGUCGCACCAAAUCUUAACUUGCAAGUGGCAAUCAAGAAUAACUCGAGCAAUGACGUGGUGUAUUUUCAGUCGGAAUUGGACCUCACAGCAAUCUUUACUGAAGCUGGCAGCAUGACAUCGACCGAAUUUAUCAGCCUGUGGCAGAAGAUUCCCGAGACGAAUGAGCACUACUUUACAGUGGCUACAGGUGCACGUGGUGUCGAUGCCGUAUCCGAGCGGCUAGGACGCAGCAACGUCCUCUACAUUGCGAAACGCCCUAUUGACGGCAAGGAAGUUGCAUACUUUUCCGUCAAAACCAUGACUAAUGUCGUGGCCCUGUUUGAGCUUACGUUUGACAGCUCUGGUACGACAAAAGAGGAUGAACGACGCAUCCGUUUUGAUCAUUAUCCGAUCCGACGGGUCAUGGCGACCGAAAUUCGAGCUGUGCCCGAAGCUGUGACCUGGCAGGAUCGAGAGAUUCGCUUUGAUAUUUCAGGCGCUGCCUUGCACUUGCGUAAAGGCGAAACACUCGUAGAUGCUAUCAAUUCGGUUGAAGACACGAAAGGUAACAAUGGAGAGCGUGGAUCGCUCGAGAUAACGAAUUUAAGACUGUUAUGGGCCUCGCACAAGUCUGUGCGAACGAAUUUAAGCAUUGGCUACAAUUGCAUUCAGAGUCUUAAGAUCCAAGCUCGGCAACUUUUGCAGUCUUUGGGUGGGUUUUAG